UUUCCAGACCCUGUUUGGCCUCGUGUGGUAAGCACAGAAGCAGCUGCAGGCAGUGCAGGAGGCACAGGUGUGUGCAAGGCAGUGGGCUGGCUGGGACUCCUGUUACCACUGUACACAGCACACCCAGCAACACACCAACACCGCUCUGGCUGCUCUGCUCCGUGUCCUGGGGUGCUCAGCCUGUGCGGGGAGUCGCAUCUGCAUCCAAAACUAUGCACUUUUCUGCAGACUUUUACCACACACUGCACCAGCCCAUGCCUGGGGCUGCGGGGGUGCCAGGGGCAUCCCCAGGACUCACCAUCCCAGUGGAUGUCCCCCCCUUCCACUUUCAGCCCCGCCGGGUCAGCGUGGACUGGCGUCGCUUAAGUACCAUCGAUGUGGACCGGGUGGCCCAGGAGGUGGACGUGGCUGUGCUCCAGGAGCACAUUGCCGGUGUCACCUUCUGCAACCUGGAUGGGGAGCGGUGCCCCCACUGCAGGCAGCCGGCAGACCCCAUCCUGCUGAAGGUGCUUAGGAUGGCCCAGCUGAGCAUCGAGUACCUGCUGCACUGCCAGGAGUGCCUGGGGACCAGCCUGGCCAUGCAUGCCCAGUGCCUGCAAGUUGCCCGUGCCAAGCUGGCUUGCACUCAGCAGCAGGCUGCAGAACAGGCAGCCCAGCUCCGGGGGGCAAAGGAGGAAGGCAGGAGGUGGAAGAAGCUGAUUGCCAUGCAGCAGCUCCUCCUGCAAGCUGGCCCCAACACCUACUGCAAGUGCCAUCUCUGCGAUAAAGCCUUCAUGAAGGACACCUUCUUGCAAGCCCACGUGCAGCGCCGGCACGCGGAGGCCACUGAGGCGGAGAGGCAGAAGAUGAAGCAGGUGGAGCAAAUGGAGGCAGAGGUGGAGGAGCUGAAGGCGAAACUGCAGGAGACGCAGCAGCAGCUGGAAGCGGAGAGGGAAGUGGAGAAGCUGCACAGGGAGCAGGAAAUGGAGAGAGCUCGCCAGCGAGAAGAGGAGGGUAGGAGAGAUUUGGAAAGGUGGAAAGAGGAGGAGAGGACGAAGCUGCAUGAAGAGAUAGAUGGCCUGAGGCAGCUCUUCCUUGCAGCGUUCAAGGAUGUGUCCAGCAGGAGCAUUGCCAUGGAGGGGAUACUGCAGGAGCUUCAGGCCAGAAAGGCGGUGGUGUCCAACCUGGGCACCCUGCGGGACGAUGACACCAAGGAGGCACAGUGGCAGGCACCAAGCCGGGCAGAGCUGUGGGGUGAGCGGGAGAGGAUGGCAGUGCAGAUCAAGCUGCUCUCUACAAGCAAACCUGAAGUGACCCGGGAGGUGACCAAAGUGGUGGCCGAUGAAGAGUCAGCAGACAGGGAGGAGGCUGCCUUGGGUGGGAAGCAGAGGCUGCUGGAAGCCCUGCGGGGAAACCCAAACCUCCUGAAGCAGUUUCGCCCCAUCCUGGAGGAAGUGCUGGAGGAAAAGCUGGAGAGCAUGGGGGUCAAGAGGGUUGUGAAGGGAAUCUCCACUCGGACCUACAAAAGCCUCGAGGCUCUGGUCAGGCUUCAGCAGCAACAGAAGACUGAGAAAUUUCCUGGUCUCCUCCACCUGAGGGACGAGUUGGUCCGAGCACUGAUGGGGAAAGUCAAGCGAUGCAAGAAGCUCAGCAGUGCUUUGCCUCGACAGCUCUCCGUCAUCCCAGCUCAAAGCCGGAAGACCCCCAGGUCCCUUUGUGGGUCACAGCCCAUGGCGAUACCAGCUGCAGCAGAGGCUGAAGCCUUGGCGAUCCCCCAGCCCGCUCCUUGGAGCAGAGCGUGCUCCACCCACAGCUCCCCGAGGACUCUCUGGGGCACCCUGCGGACCUCCAAAGCUGGCAGCCCCCACUGAGGACUUGUCCCAUGGCAGAGCUCAGAAGUGAUGCUGGGGGGGAAGCAGCCCACCCUGUCCCCUGUGAGACUCAGCCCUAAGCAAGAGCCAGUGCUCCCCGCAACGGUGCCGGGAGAUGAGACUGACUCCGAAAGGUCAGACCAGGACUUGCUGGAGGAAACGGCUGGUUCAGGGACAGCCACAUCCACGAUAGUGAGGUUCUUGGAGAGAUGCCUGGAUGUGGUGGCACAGAGCCCACCUGGCAGGGUGAAACUCUUCCCAGCUGUGAGCUUGGCAUCACCCAAAACCAGCCAGCCCACCAAGAAACUCCAGGCAUCUUGUGCAAAUAGCCACAGGGAUAUUUUCUGACAUGAUUUCCAUUUAAAAAACCAGCAUGUCAUACCCUCUUCUCAGCUCCUACCCAUCAGCACUGCCUCAGGACACAGUCUGUGCGCAGGGAGGUCAAACUUACAGCAACAGAGACUUGGCCCCUUCAUCCAGUUGCAGAUAUCUGUCCUUCCCCUAAUGUUUGUCCAUUCAUCCUCUUUGGGGAAAAAACCCAUCAGUAUUCGUGCAAUUGGGAGCAAAACAGUAAGCACCAGAGAAUCAAAUUGAGAAAAGGUCUCUGGAACAAAUCCAGAGAUAAUUGGACUGAUGCAAUGGCAAAAUUAUUAAAUUACUAAAACGGGACUUAAAUAUAACCUCAAUUUAUGGGGGAGAGCUGAUGUAAUUAAAGCGGUGGCAGUGUCAGAAUCAAAUUGCUUUUUUUAGAAAAAAAAUUUUAAAAGUUUUUACCUAAGGAAGACCUGGU